GAUACCCAGGUUUAUCUGCAAAGACACAAAAAUCACUUCUUUUAUUAAUUUUAAUGCCUUCGAGCAGGAGUGGGGACCUCCAGGCCUCGAGGGCCGGUGUCCUGCAGGUUUUAGAUCUCACCCUGGCUCAACACACCUGAAUCAUGAUUAGUUUGCAAUCGGCUGCGAUGGGUCAAGGACACAUCCUGGAGUUCCACCCCUGUUUUAGACACAUAAACACCUGCAGGAUAAAUUAGGUGUUUUAUCUUCAGGCUAUUGUAUGCAGCCCUAAACAUCUUGGUUCUUAUCACUUCUAUUAUUCAUAGAGUUUAUAGUUAGGUUGGAUCAGGUAAUGUAAAAAAAAAAAAUCAGAAAAAUCAUUAUUAUGAUUAUUAUUUUUGUUCUGGGAUUUGCAGGUCAUAAUAAUCCUGGCUCCACUUCUUCCCUAAAAAUGAAUCAAAGACUUUGUGGUUAUGGGAGCAGACAGCUUGUAUUGUCAGAUCCUGGAUCAGUGCAUCGGUUGUUUGAUGUGGAGCUGCUGUUUCGAGCUCCAGCCCACACUUCUUCAGUCUGAGAUGACUAUAUUAGAAGUAUUUCCUUACUAUGACAUCACAGAGAUCUGGGAGAAGAAAAAACUGAGAUAAACUGUCAUACACUGAGCUCGGUGUUAGAAACUUUGGCUGUGUUUAACAGGAGGAGGGGAUGUGACAAGAAUGAGGAGACCGCGGCUGUUUGAACACUGAUCCCGCUGCCGUGUUUGAUCACACUCAACACAGCUGACAGUGUUUGGUCUGCCCCUCAGCUCUCUGUUUAUUUAGUAUUUACUGUAUGAAUCAGAGCUGAUGGUGGUGAUGAUGGAGGGAAGAGAGCGGACGGUUUGGAGGAGGAGGGGCUGAUCCAUUCACUUUUCUCUCUAAUUAAAGCCUCAGAUAACUGGAGGCAGAGCGAGGAGCUGAAAGCUUCAGGAUCUCCUCCGGAGGAGAAGGUGAGUGAUCCUAUCUGUUUCCACACAAGAAGCUUUUUAAAGUCCACUCUGAUCAAAUUAUUUUUAAUUCCUUUGAAUGUGUAGACUCUGAGGAUUUAUGAACAUAAACCUUUGACUUUCUGGCUGCUUGUAGAAGGCGAGGAGCUCAUUAGUUGAAAUGUGUGACUGAGUUUAUCUCGGGUCGUGUGGAGGACAGUUCAUCACAAUUACAGGAGAGUUGGCGUCGAGCUAAUUUGUAUAUCCAGCAUCCAAAUACUUCAUUCAGUCAGCAAUAAAAAGUAAAGACAUUAAAACAUCCUAAUAAAUUCAACAAAUAUUGGGUGGCAUCAACAUUUAAACUUGAGACAUUAAAAUAUUUUAUGUCUACUCUGAAUUAUUCAAACCUCGGCUGCUCAUGUAAAAUCAUUGGCGCUGUGAGCACCUCCUCCUCCUCUUCCUCCUCGCCCGCUGCAGUCCCUGUAUUGGGUUUCAUUCCUGCAGUUGUGGCUGAAUGAACGCUGAUCAAUUAUUUACAGAGAAGCUGAAGGUCAGGAGAGAGACCCAGAGAGACCCUUUGGGCCCGAAACAGAAACUUCUUAACCACAAGUCUACCAAAAAAAGCCGGAGGUGGAAGCUCAAAGGACGACAGGCUCUGAUCCACUGAUGCUCGGAAGAUGAAGUACUAGAAAUAGAAUCAAUUUCAGGCCAGACUCGCUUCAAAUCUUUCAAACGCACCCUUAAAUUUCCGUGGACCAGGAAUGUCUUCAUGGAAAUCAGGCACCAGCUGACAGCUGCUGUCAGCUUCUGUCAGUUAAUACCAUCACAGAGACAUGGAUCAGUCAACAUUGAGCCGAGACCGAGGAUGGAUAGAUGGCUAGAUAGAUAGCACCUGAAGAGGAAGGAGCUGAGAUGAUGCCAGACAAGCCUGAACUAAUCCUCUUCUGCCACAAAUAGCCUCAGCGGUUCAUCAUGGGGUUGAGUCAAACCUCAAGCAUCACCCCAGACAUCAGCUUGCUGGCGGCUGUUGUGGCGAGCAACCAUCUCAACACGUCAGGCACCUCGCACACCUCGACACUCCCUCUGCCUUCAUGCAGUAUCGAUGAAUCCUACAAAUAUGUCUUCCUACCCGUCUGCUACUCGCUGACCUUCCUUUUCAGCCUUACCCUCAACUCAGUGGUGCUCCUGCGCUCCUGCUGCCAUCAUGGACGUCGUUGGAACACUUCACUGAUCUAUAUGGUGAACUUGGCCACCACUGACCUGAUGUACGGCCUGUCUCUGCCCUUCCUGGUGGCAAGCUAUGUGCUGAGGGACUGCUGGGUGUUUGGGGACUUCAUGUGCCGCCUCGUACGCUUCCUGUUCUACUUCAAUCUCUACUGCUCCAUCUUCUUCCUUACCUGCAUCUCUGUGCACAGGUAUCUGGGGAUCUGUCAUCCAAUGAGGACCAUCACACUGGAAAGUAAGCGGGUGGUGAAGGGGAUCUGCGCAUUAGUUUGGGUGGUGGUCUUCAUUCUCACCUGCCCCAUCUUCAGGUUCGCCCAGACCGGAUACGUUAGGCGCAGAGCUGGUGAGGCUGUUGAGCCUGGAGAAGGGAGCGAUUAUGGGAACAGAACUGGAGACCGGGUCGGCGAGGAGUACAUAAACUGCUGGGAUGAUGCCAUAGAUAAGGAGUUUGCAGACUACGUCCCAUAUGGCAUUGUUCUCCACCUUCUAGGUUUCUUUGUGCCCUUUGUCAUCAUUGCCUGGUGCUACUCCCACGUGGUCCGGACAAUAUUUCAGACCCUGCGCUCUCCUCCCAGUUCAAUAGAGGGUGGCGAGGAUGGACCAGUGGGUGACGGGUCUGUGGAAGGAGUUCGAGGGCGCGAGAGAACCUCCGUCUCUAUUUCUGGCUCACAGUACUCACACUACAUCCGCCGGCGGCGGAAAUCCAUUAAAACCAUUGUCACUAUCACACUGCUGUUUGCACUCUGCUUCCUACCCUUCCAUGUGACUCGCACGCUCUUCCUGCUCCUGCGGCGGGGACAGCUUGGCGGCUGCAAUGCCAUGAAGACCGUCUCCAUCUGCUACAAGGUCACCAGACCUUUGGCCUCCUGCAACGCAUGGCUCAAUGCUCUGCUCUACUUCCUCACGGGCGAUAAAGGUGGCCCCAGCUGCUGGCCAGCCGAACGCACCAUCCAUCGAGACCGCCGGAACGGCUCCCUCUGGUGGCCGCUGAAGAUCCUCAAAAGAGAUGGAGUGGGAGAAGACGAUAACGAGGUCGCCGAGAGGGUUGAAAGGGAGGUGCACAUAGAGAACGAGUCCAAGUCCUCCAGAGUUAUCUUCUAGGAUGCCAUAGAUCCUCAGUGGGUUACAGGCCAUGUGGGAUUGCUGUUUUUGAUUUGAGGAUGUCUACAGACUCCUCAAUGCACCACACAUGGCAUCGGUAAUUUCUUAAGAAGAAGCAUUUCCAACUUGUUAAAGCAUAGAACUUUUUCAAAAACUGCAGCGAUACCUGGCCAGACGUUGUUACCAGUCAGUCUGAACACUGGAAUUGUUUGUAAAAAUGAAAACAGUGACAAACUGAUGGAGGAGAUGGUGUCUAUUUCAAAUAUUCUGUAACUGAAUUGUAAACAAAGCUGUCAAAUUGUUAAGUCCCAACAACAGAAACUCUGAUAUAUUUAUUCUUAAUUUAGUGAUUUGAGCUCCUGAUGAUUUCAUGACCAGCAGCAAAGUGAGCUUGGUUCCUCCCCACUGUUGCCAAGUGGUGCUUAUAUGGGAUGAUCUGAUUGUUGAGGUCCUUUCUUUAAAAUAGUAGGCUAUUUACCUUAAGUGCAUUAAGAGGAGCUUUUCCAUGUUGAUUUGCCUGUUGAUACUCUCAGUAUGGAUGAUUCUGAAAUGAUUAGCUACCUGCAUUAAUCUGUUUGUAUUUAUUGUAUUUAUUUCUUUGACUCGCAGGCAGCCGCUCUCGAGCCCUGUGGUGGCUUUCACAAAGCAGAAACAUUUCACUUCACACAGGAGGGAGGGACAAUUUUUUGCUUUUAACGAAUAAAUCAAGAAUUUCAUCAAUUCACAGCUGUAUCGUCAAAGCUUGAAGGGAGGGCGGCUCGCGCCUUUCUCCUUCCGCCUUCCUUCGACAGUCCAAACACAUGUAUGCCUGGCUGUCUCAUUGUGCUACACCUGCCCAGGUGCAUGUCACCUUUGACAGCUGGGAUAGGGUUGUGACCACAGCGGCGCUGCUUUGGAUAAGUAGAAAAAAACAGAUGGAUGGGUUUGCAAUGUUGAAAAUACAUAUGAAUCCUUUUUUAUGUACUUUAAUCUCUCAGAAAAAAGGCAGAGAAGAAAAAUAUUUGUACAUGAAUCCAGUGAAGGCCAAAUUUGAUUAAAGCUGCAUGUUAAAUAUCUGUGAAAUAUGUUGAAUUUUAAACAAUAAGCAUACAGAUCAUAAGGACACGGAGUCCUGACCAAUCAGUAGAAACUGCUGUGUCCGUUUUAGUCAAACUGAAAUACUUCCAGUUUAGAAACACACUGUGUUUUCAGCACUGAGUUAUUAACAUUUUAAAGUGACCAUUAUGAUUUUAUGCUGUGAGGACCUUUGCACCUGCUGACUGCAGCCGUGCCGGCCCGGCUGUUUGGAUGGAUCUCCUUCAGAGGCACGCGCUGCAGCUUCCUGUCAUGUUGUUGUCCAGCCUGGGUCACUCUGUGAUAUCACACCUCAUUUCUUUGAUGUGUUUGUGGGACUUUGUCUGGAUUAAAGUGGGUUGUUGAACUCAGCUCUC